AAGCUUAACAUCACGAUGUUUCUUUUCAGCCUCAAUUUUAUAUCUUUGUUGGCAUUUGCAAUUGCCCAUAAAAAUCCGCAUUAUGUCGGUAAUAGAACUACCAUGGUUCACCUAUUCGAGUGGAAAUUCAAUGACAUUGCCAAAGAAUGUGAAGAUUUUCUCGGCCCGAUGGGCUACGGUGGUGUACAAGUUUCUCCCAUAAAUGAAAAUCUUGUACUAAGUGGUAGACCAUGGUUUGAAAGAUAUCAGCCAAUUUCUUAUAAAAUUAUCAGUCGAUCUGGAAACAAAUCCGAGUUUAAGAAUAUGGUACAAAGAUGUAACAAGGCUGGUGUGCGAAUAUACGUCGACGCGGUUAUUAAUCACAUGACAUCAAAUGUAAAACCCGCGUACGGUACCGGUGGUACGUCAGCACAGCCAGAUAAGCUUCGUUAUCCAGCAGUUCCGUACAGUUCUAAGGACUUCAACCAUCCAGUAUGUACUAUCCAGAAUUAUAACAAUGCUACCGAGGUUCGCAACUGCGAGCUGUCUGGUCUUCAUGAUCUUAAUCAGAGCAAAGUGCAUGUCCUAACCAAAAUAGUUCAAUUUCUUAACGAGCUCAUAGAUCUUGGAGUCGCUGGCAUACGCAUUGAUGCCGCCAAACACAUGUGGCCAAAUGAUCUUAAAGCUAUUUACAAAAAAAUUAAGAAAUUAUCUCCUAAGAAUGGAUUUCCGCGAAACGCAGACUGUUACAUCUAUCAAGAAGUCAUCGAUCUCGGUGGUGAGGCCGUCAGUAAAUUCGAGUACAAUGACUUUGCAAAUGUCAUUGAAUUUCAGUUUGGUAUCACCUUGGGUAAUAUGUUCCGUGGUCAAGACAGUUUAGCGAAACUGAAAACUUUUAAUGACGCGAACACUUGGAGAUUAAUACCUUCCAGCGAUGCUUUAACUAUGAUUGACAAUCAUGAUAACCAGAGAGGUCACGGUGCAGGUGGAGCUACUAUUUUGACAUAUAAGGACCCGAAACCGUACAAGAUGGCAGUAGCCUUUAUGCUUGCCUAUCCCUACGGCCAUGUUCGAAUCAUGAGUUCCUUCAACUUUACUGAUCCCAGUCAAGGACCACCAGCAAAUUCAGAUGGCAGCAUCAUUUCACGAAAGAUCAUCAACGGUAGAUGCGGCAACGGUUGGGUCUGCGAACACAGAUGGCCAGAAAUUUAUCACAUGGUCCAAUUUCGCAAUCUGGUGAAUGGUGAGAAGAUACAGAAUUGGUGGAGCAAUGGGAAGAAUCAGAUCGCUUUCUCUCGCGGUGCCAAAGGUUUCGUUGCCUUUAACAUUGAAGGCGAUCUACGCGAAAAGUUGCAAACCGGAUUGCCUGCAGGAACAUACUGCGAUGUCAUAACUGGAGAAGUCAUCAACGGUCGUGGCAAGUGCAGCGGAAAAUCGGUAAAAGUUGGUGAUGAUGGUACCGCUACGAUAAAGAUUUUAUCAAACGAGCCGGAAGGUGUGCUUGCCCUUCAUAUUCAGGAAAAACUGUAGAACACAGAUGCAAAUCGAUAAGCUCGUUAUAAACGCAACAUUUUAUCUAUGUAAUUAAUUUGCAGUUUUAUGUAUAAUAAAACAUUUUAAAUUAAACUUAAAAAAAA